GGGAGAUGGACUGGUAGUGGGAAAGAUAACAGAAAAUGAAAGAAAUGUAAAGAAAAACAAGAACCCUAGUCCCCGGAAAGAUCUAACAGCCGCAUCUUGUGGGUCGUCUCCAUUUCCCUCUCGUUGCAACUACCCCAUCGUUCCCGGAUUCACACAAGUCUGUAUAUCCUACUUCAUCGACUCCCAGACCUUAGCGAGCAGCGAGCAGCACCCUGACAUCAUCGUCUCCACCGAAUCAGUUCUCAUAUCCCUUACUGUGAUUGUGCACAGUGCAUUUCGCCUCAGUUUGAAAACACUUUACCCUGAACUCCACACAUUGCUCUUCUAACACCCCUGAACCUGUUAUUAUUCUCCUUAUGUGUCCCAGCCAUGUCCGAGGCCUUUGACCUCGUAUCCAGUCAACCAUACACCAAGUGGACUGUCCUACACGUCUCCGAGUGUGCUGUUAAUCAUGGUAUUGAGCACAUAUUCAGCAAAUUGAUUACUAAAAUUGGAGAUCCUAUUGACUUUGAACUUCCCGACUGGUUAAAUAAGUGGCAGCCUAUGCCAUACACCAAUAUAAGACGCAAUGUAUAUCGCACCAAGAGGAUUAAGAAGCGUUUGGAAGAUGAUGGCAUUUUUUGUUCCUGCAACUCUAUAGCUGGAUCUUCUGGUGUCUGUGGUAGGGAUUGCCUCUGCAGCUUGCUAAUGUCUUGCUGCUCCUCUGGAUGUAAAUGUAAUUCAUCAUGCCUCAAUAAACCUUUCCAGCAACGCCUUGCCAAGAAGCUGAGAAUAGUUAAGACAGAGAAAUGCGGCUCAGGUAUUGUGGCUGAUGAAGAUAUUAAGUGUAAAGACUUCAUUAUAGAAUAUGUUGGGGAAGUUAUUGAUGAUAAGACGUGCGAGGAGAGACUCUGGAAAAUGAAGCAUAGCGGGGAAACUAAUUUUUACUUGUGUGAAAUCAACCGGGAUACAGUCAUUGAUGCAACUUACAAGGGAAACAAAUCAAGAUACAUUAAUCAUAGUUGCUGUCCAAAUACUGAGAUGCAGAAAUGGACGGUUGAUGGAGAAACAAGAAUUGGCAUUUUUGCAACGUGUGACAUAAAAAGGGGCGAGCAUCUAACCUACGAUUAUCAGUUUGUACAAUUUGGUGCAGAUCAGGAUUGCCACUGUGGAGCUGUAGGUUGUCGAAAAAAACUUGGUGUCAAACCAACUAAAACAAAGAUAUCAUCUUCAGAAGCUGCAUUGCAUUUAGUAGCCUGUCAGGUGGCUGCUACAUCACCCAAAGUGAGAGCACUUUUAUCUGCAAGAGAGGCCUAUCAAAAUGGUGGUUGUGUAGCAGGAAGCUCAUUUUAUGAUCCUGCUGAAAGAGUAAGGAGUUCACCCAACUGCAUUGGCCAAGUCAUUAGAAUAAGCCGCUCUUCAGAUAAUGGGUGUGCAUUGUCGAUUGUAAAGGUGCAAUGGUGAAGGUGCUACAAUCUACUUUCUAAUGGGAGCUAUGUUUCAGGUCUUUUGGAAUUAUAAAACACUAUGAUAGCACAACAAGAAAACAUUUGAUAAUGUUUGAAGAUGGAAAGAAUGAAUACUUUGACUUGUCAAAAGAAGAUUGGCAACUGUGUUAACUCUUUUUUGUAAAUCACUCAUCAGGAAUGGAGUAAAAAAGUUACAGGACUGUAGAACAUGCUUCUAAUUGACUGAUGUUGAUUGUUAAUCCUUUGCUGUACACUUGUACCAAUCCAGUUGUAUAAUUGUGUACACCAUACUACGCAAUUCUUUUUCUUCAAUUUGUCAGUAAAGCAUGAGAUAGCCAUUACAUUCAUUAAUUCAGAAUGAAUUUCUAGAUAUGAAAGUUGUAACUUGUAGUAGUAUCAUUCAUUCCAUGUAACCAUAGUAAACGUAACAUUAGAAACUCGAAAGUGGUAAAGACGAUUUUCUUGAGAUUCAAAUAUGGAGUACUUUUUGUGUGUUGA